UACUUUCUGAUUCAUCGGGAUGUUGUUGCGUGGCAUCUGAAGAGGGAUUUUCUACCGCAUUAAACUUUGUAUAAAACCGGAAAGUCCCGCCGUGUGACUUUUGUUGCGCAGUCUUCUUAAGAUUCCGUGAAUAUAUCCCGGAUUACUACGCUAUGGAUCAGUGGAAAGCGCCUAUUGGUACGUUACGCGAGGAUGUCUUGAAGAGGCUCUCAAAGAUGUUGGACAACUCCACCUGCGGAUGGAGACAGUUAGCCCACGUGAUGUCAGAAGACCCCAAAUUCCGCAGCAGUGAGAGCGAGAUGACCAGCUAUUCACUCCAGGUGCUGAGUAACACUGGAAGCCCAAGUCGGACCCUUCUUGCUCGGCUUGCUGACCAGUCCUGCACCUUGAAUUUCCUGCUUUGGGGACUGAAGAAAAUUAACCAUCAAGAUGCUGUACACUAUCUCACACACAUAGUGUCUGGGCGGAUUGAAAUAAUAGUGCAGCCACAGUCACAUCAGGUUCAAGUAGGAAGCAAGGUGAUAUUGUCCUGCAAAGCAUCUGGUUCCCCUGGUCUCUGUUACCAGUGGUUCAAAGGCAAAGAAGAGAUUUUGGAUGGUACUUCUCCAGUGCUGGUUCUUAGCCCAUUCAGUUCAACCAACCAAGGACACUAUAUCUGUAGGGUGAGCCUUGGAGAUAGCUGCGUUUUCUCACAAUGGGCUCAUGUUUGCUUGGCAGACUCCAGUUCAGGGUGCCACAGUAGCAUAUUUCAAGGCUCAGUAAGUGGGUUGAGGAUCAUCAGACAGCCUCAGUCCCAAGCUUUGACAGAGGGUGAUGCUUUGCAUCUUGAAUGCCAGGCCGUGGCCAACCCUCCUGCCCAGUACGAGUGGUACCAUAACUCUGAGCCAAUGCAACAGCAUCAGACACAAUCACUCAAGAUUCCACAUGUGACCACAGCUCACAGAGGACAGUAUAAAUGCAAGACAUAUAACUUGUACCAUGAAGUUUGGAGUGAGGCUGCCGUAGUGACCAUUGGUCCCAUUUCUGUCAUUGAUGCAUCUUGGGUAGAAGUUGACACACGAAGCCCUGGAGUUAUUGAAACAGAGGAACCUGAUAUCAGAUCCAAAGAGAUGGAAAGGUUUCCAGCUCAACAAAUGGCCAGUCCAUACCCACCUGUUAAACAAUUCUAUGCCACAGAUAAAGUUGCCCUGUUGAUUGGGAACAUGAACUACAUGUACCACACCCAGCUUAGUGCUCCUAUUGCCGAUGUCCACGAGCUGACCAACCUCCUUCGUCAAAUGGAUUUCAAGGUGGUCUCACUGCUGGACCUCAACUGGCAGGAAAUGCACAGUGCGGUCACUGAGUUCCUCUUGUUGCUUGAUAAAGGAGUCUAUGGUCUGCUGUACUUUGCUGGUCAUGGAUACGAAAACUAUGGGAACAGUUUCAUGGUUCCCAUUGAUGCCCCAGCCUCAUACACAUCAGAUCACUGUUUGUGUGUUCAGAAAAUCCUCACCAGGAUGCAGGAGCGAGAGACAGGACUUAAUGUAUUUCUGUUGGAUAUGUGCCGUAAAAGAAAUCCACAUGAUGAUGUCUUGGUACAAACUGGCUUACUCAAAGUGACAGCAAAUAUAGUGUUUGGAUAUGCAACAUGUGCAGACGCUGAAGCAUAUGAAGUGAAAAAGGAAGAUGUUUCUAAUGGUAUAUUCAUUAACUUCCUCAAACGAAGAGUGUGUGAAGAUGAGAAGGUGACGGUCAUGCUGGACAGAGUAGCUGAAGACAUGGGCAGGUGCAGAAUCACUCACGGGAGACAAGCUCUGGAGCUCCGGAGUAAUCUGUCUGAACGUCGCUGCCUCACAGACCACAUACAGACAGCGGAGUGUUCUGCCUCCUAUUCGGCCCGCAACUUGCAAUGGACUGUUGCUCAUGUUCUGCCUCCAAGCCAAACUCUGCAGUUUGACUGUGGAGUCAUAGUUCAACUUGGGUUUGCCGCAGAGUUCUCCAAUGUCAUGGUCAUCUACACUCGAAUCCUUGAAAAACCCGAAAAUAUUGUGUUCUGCUCUGCUCAGCUUACUGAUUUCCCUGUGGAUGUGGAGAUUGAUUUGAAGAAGAGCAACCAGGAGACACUACUUGAGGCUGGUAGUUUGUUGCUGAUCAACGAAACUCUUCCUGCAGAGGCCCAAAGUCGCUACACGCGCGUCUAUGGGCUGCAGAGACUCAAGGUUGGCACACUGAAGGAGCUUAUUUUCACAGUGUGUCUUCAUUACACCUAUUCCAAACUUGAUGACGAAAUUCAGGAAAAGCAGUCUGUAACAGCAGGCAAACCUCUUGUCUCCAAGCUCAACCUCUAUGAACGAAGACAUUCUCAGAACUCUAAAAAUUUAUAUUCUUGCCAUGACCAUGACUCUUUUAAGAUCCCAGUGGGCUCUCUGUAUGCUUCUGAAGGCCUAAGUUUAGAUGCCAUUGCCUCAUCCUCUCAUCUACAAAGAGGACAGGCAGCUUCUGGUGCUAAUAUACCACAGGAGACUGACUAUGAUGAGCAGUUUGAUGCCCCCCAACCUCUAAUUACAGAGUAGACUUUGAGCACUAAACAAAUGUUCUGAUGUUCUGACGCACGCACGCACGCACGCACGCACGCGCACACACACACACACACACACACACACAACCCCAAAAUGUAACAAAUGUUUCAAAUAAUUCAGUUUUGCUAUAUAAGCUGUAUAAGCUACUUUACAACAUCUAUUGUGACAUCUUGUGCUGCAAUUGGUUAAAUAGAUAAACUUUAAAAGUACAAAGUCUGCUGUGAA